GGCAUGGCGAGUGAGUUUUCUCCUGAGCUUCAAAAUCAGUUGAUUCAACAAAUCAGCUCUGACAUAAUCAAAGACGGCGAACGAAUAGAUUUAAAACAAUGCUUAAAUUUAACAGCCCAUACAAAUCCAACGAUGAGUGGAUCGCAAUACUACGACUAUCCAGUUUUAUCCAAUUCUGUAACCGAUGUAACCAGACCGCACAUCCCUGGAUCAAAUCUUUCUCAGUCGCUUACUUUGAAACAACUUUCACUGGUCAAAAAUGUGCCCAUACCUGCUGAUAUUUUGAGCGAGUUUCCAAGAAUGCAAGCUCAUUGUGUCUCCGGGUUUUUCCCAUUGAUUUCAAGAGCAUGGAUUGCCAUUGACAAUACUUUGUACAUAUGGAACUAUUUAGAUGGAUCAGAUCCAACGUUUUUUGACGGAGUGAGUGAGACAAUACUUACAGCCUUGGUCGCUAAACCGAAAAGCAUCAAAAUCAACAAUGCAGUUUUCCAGAAUGUUCUCGUUAUUUGCACUGCUUCGGAAAUCAUAAUCCUUGGGCUCAAUUUGAAGGUUGUCGAUGAGUUGUCUAACGAAAGUCACAUGAAAACCGAACUUGUGCUGCACACCGAACCCCUUUUCCGAAUUUCAACAGACAGUUGUAUUUUCACUUGUUCAGUCAAUACUAAACUUGGGCGCAUAUUUCUUGGCGGAUCUGACGGAGCUUUACACGAAGUUGAUUACAAACCUAGCGCCGGCUGGUUUUCCGGAACAAAGUGUUGGAAAAAUAAUCAUUCGAAGUCGACCCUAUCGUACGUUGUUCCACUUGUUUCGCCCUUUUUAUCUGCGUCAGCCGACGAGGCUUUGGUUCAACUCGAAGUCGACGAAGGAAGAAAUUUGCUGUUUGCCCGAACUGACAAGGGCGCUCUUCGUCUUUUUGAUCUAGGUGCGAGUGGAAACGAAUUGUACAGGACAGCUGCAAUGAGUAUUCAAACCAUUCAGAACAAUGCUAGUGCAAUCACGCGAAGUGUAGAUAGAUCCAAUUUUAAAAUCAUAUCUCACAUAGCUGUAAUACAUCGAAAUGAAAGCGAGCAUCUCAAUUUACUCAUGACUACCAGUACCGGAGCUAGAUUGUAUUUUACCGUGAAAGGCUUUAACUAUUCGCACGACACUAGGCCGUAUAUGCUGGCGCUCGUACACGUACGUUUGCCUCCGGGUUUCACGUCAUCAUCAAGAGAUAAACCUUCAAAUGUUGGACGGACUGUUCACGUUCGAGGCACUACACUAAUGUGUUGUUGUUCUGACGGAGAUAAUGAAACGCUUUGGUGUAUAUCAAACGAUUCCUUUGGACCACAAGUUCCACUAAAAGAAUCUUACACGCGUGUAGACUUAGAUCAGUUAACUUGGGACAUGAUUAAAUUGAACCAAAACCAGCAAGUUCUAGCGCCACGAUGUUCUAGUCUUGUUGAACAAUUCUUCGAGAGUCGACAACAGUUUGCCAUGUUAAACGCUACCAGCACGCUAUUGGUUGAAAAGUUGAGACCUGUUGAUCAACUGCGAGAAUUAUUGUUAGAAAACUCGGGUCCAGAUAACGAGCAAGUCCAGAUGUUUUUCUCUUCGCUGUUCAAACCGGCUGAAGCAUGCGUGAUGGCUCUUCUUUUGGCAGCUGACGACAGCUCGACGUUCGUCCACGUAGCUAAUUGGGCAAUACAAGCUAUGAUUUUAUACGGGAACGAGCCUAAGUUUUCAGGAAUACGCAACAACCCGACUUCGCUAGAGCAAAAUGUUUCUGGAGUUCAAGAUUUCACUUUCAACCCUCGGUUUGUUUCAACGUCUACUAAAGUUAGCACAUCUCCCAACAAUAUGACUCACACAUUGGGUUCUUUUAUUUAUUCGGACAAGUUUUUGGGAACUUGUCUGUUUGUUUCACGAGUUCUGAGGUUCACUUGGGAGUUUCCGUUGCUGAAAGAGACUCUGAUACUGAAUUCGAAAGUACCAGCUCUACAAUUUAGGUGGACAAAGCCGCAGAUCUUGGAAGUCCUUCGUAGAUUACGAUACCUCAACAGUCUGUUUCCUAAAUUAUUUGACCCCUCUGUUCAUUCAUCGGCAGCAGCGCAACGGGUCUCGCAGUUUCAAGUUUCAGCAGAGGCGCUCAAAAUUGAGCUAGAUGCAGUUGACCAUUUGCGACUGAUUUGUACGAAGUCUGAAGAGUUGCUUGCUUUCCUAAGCAUUUUGAUGGAUUACAAUGUCGAGGAAAUGCUCGCUGGUCUUAGUGGACCCCUGAAGCAGCAGUUACGUGAUCUGAAGUUCCGUGAUUUCAUUUCAACUGACAAAACAGAUGUUACAUCCCUUCUAUGUGUGACAGUUUUUGGCAGACUCAUAUCUGAGAAUGUUAAAACGGAUCCACUGAUCAACAAGUUGCGUGAAAUAUGUCCGACUGUGUUCAGCGCCGAUGACGCUAUUUGUGUCCAAGCUAAUGAUCUUCUGCAAAACGGACUGAAGGCCCCGAAUCCCGACAGUCAAGAUCAUUUCUUGUACGAAUCUUUAGAGUUGUUCAAACAAGUAGCAAAUGUUGUCGAUUUGGUACAAGUUUGUGGCUACUAUCAGCAAGUUAAUUUCUGUGAAGGUAUCGUAGAUUUGUGUCUGUGUGCAGCGGCAAAACGAGAUCCCAAAAAUUUGGGUCUGAUUUAUUAUCGCAACAUGCAACCAGUCGAUGAUCUAAUUGGGCGGCAAUUGUUCAAUACAUGUCAGGAAUGCUACCAGUGCAUAUUGAAAAUGGUACAUUAUUACCAUUCAGUGAUAGAAAAUGGAGGUAGCGUUGCUUCUGAAAGUUCUGUCGUCCCUGGAAAUCUAACUGCUCACGAAGCGAGAUCAUUCUUCGACGGUGUCAUUUCCGAAUGUCUCGCUAAAGACGACGAAUUGCUACACUACGCAGUGUUUCAUUGGUUACUCAACAGAGGCUUGUACGAUACAAUUUUGGAAAAUGCGAAUGUAAGCUUAGAAUACGUUCUCACGUCUCAAUGUAGAACUAGCUCUGAUAGAGAACUAAUCGUGUUGCUGGAAUUACUGUGGAAGUUUUAUGAGAAGAACGGCCAGUACGAACAAGCGGCUCAAAUAUUAUGCAGCCUUGCUGGCCGAAGAAGCACCUUUGUUAAUCUCGGUCAAAGAGUGAACUACCUUGGAAGGGCGCUAGUUAGUGCUAAGAGUUCAUCUCCGAAAGUUAUGAACCCAGAAGUUAGUCCAGAGCUGAUUAAGGAGAUCGAAGACCAGCUGGAGGUUGCGCAAGUUCAAGUUAAGGUAGUUAAUGCAGUGAGGGCAGCUAAAACUAUUCUGUCUGGUGAUAAAGAAGAUGUAAUUAGUUUACUAAAUUCAGAGUUGUUCAAUUUGACUAGUCUUUAUUCGGACUUUGCAUGCAGUUAUAGUUUAGCAGAAUGCAAACUUGCAUGCAUUGUAGUUGCAGGCCAUAACGAUCCGACCAAGAUACAGUUUAUAUGGACAGAAUUGAUUGACAAUCUGUUCAAAGAUUUCAUCUCGGAGAGGUCCAAGGAUCCCCAAAGCACUGGAACUUCAGUCGAGGCAUUGUCAUCUCGGUUUUCGGCAAUUGCGAAAGAUUACGUAGAGAAAAACGAGCAGUAUUUACCGCUGAACACAAUUAUAAACCACAUGGAAAAGCGAUCCUGUGAGCUCAAAUUAGGAGUGAGUUGGAUAUUUUUGCUUUUAUUGCAACUUGGAUUGGAACAUAGCGUACUGAUGCUUGUGUAUACUGAAUUGUGGAGUAAUAAAGAGAAAAUAUGGAAGAUGUUAGGAGAACCGUAUCAUUUGUUGUCUGUUAUCGACGCUCUCAUUAGACAUUUCUUGGAUACUGCUAUGGCUUCGGGAGACCAGAAAUUGACCAGUUCUGGGCGAUCGACGUUCUUUGAAGUGAUGUCACCUUUUGUCUCCAAAGAACUAGUGAAAUUGACCUCCAUGUCUUCGAGUGACCCUGCGUGUAAAACUUUGAUUGAUAGUUUGAAAAAGUCGCUUCAUAAUGCAGAAAGACUGGCGAUGUCCUGAUUCAAAUUUAACGAAGAUUAUUCGAAUUUUGAUCUUGUGUUGUGUUAAUGUUUGCUUCAAUAAUUAAAUGUUUCAGUUAUAGUUCCGAUCAAGAAAGUGGCAAGGAAUUUUGUUUUCAGGUGUUUUAGUUUUUUAAUUUUUUUCCACGCAAAAUCAGAUGCCACAAUCAACGGAAUGGGUGAAUUAAUAUAUCAUACAAAA